CGCUUGGGAAAUUCGUUGCACCUGUUCACAGUACUGACAGUUUCCGCAACGCAAUCCAUGAAAGAUUGCAUUUCUUAUUCGAAAUGUACCGAUAUUACGGACCGUCAUUCGAUAAUGCCCUCGAAUGAUCCGUUGUCUUGGUCUUCUUGCAUAAUGACAGUAAAUGACGGGAUUUAG